CUAUUCGGUUAUCUUCCACCACAUGUAUUAUGCUCAUCUUACAUAAAAACAAAACGAGUUAAUCCAACUAAUAUUAUACGUCAUGAUGUAUCACCCUGGCAAAAAAAAAAAAAAAAAUGAAGAACUAAUUUUAGCUCUCUUGUUGUAAGAGAAUACGAAAAUCAAGAAUACAAAAAACAACUCAAAUCAAAACAAAAAUAUGCCAAAAAUACUACUACAAAAUUGUGAGUAGUUGAACAAGUCGCCGGCGGAUUAACAUUCUAUUCUAAACCCUCCAAUUUGAAGACAAAUCACCCGCCUCAAAAUAGAAAGCUGAAACACGAACCACACAAAAAAAGAUCAAAACUCCAAUUCUUCGGUUCUUCCCCAAAAUAUCGAUAACCCUUUUCUGCAUAUAAAACCAGUCCCAUUUCCUUGUGCAAAAUUCCCUCAUCACGUAUACAAAGAGAGAUAUUUCUUUUACAAUAUCCCUCCGAGAUCAACAACAACAACAAACAACCAAACAAACAAUGGCAAAGACUGCUGCAGCCGCCGCCGUGGCCCUCUUCUCCGCCGCUCUCUUCCUCCUCAUCUCCUCCUCCGCCGUCGAUGCUGAGGACAAGAUGUUCGUGGAAGGCAAGGUCUACUGCGACCCUUGCCGCGUCGAGUUCCCGACCAAGAUCAGCACCAUGAUCGCCGGCGCCAGAGUGAACCUGCAGUGCAUGUGCAGGGACAACAACACGGUGACCUACAUGGUGGAAGGGGACACCGACAAGACGGGGACCUACCGGCUGCCGGUGACCGGCGACCACGAGGAGGACAUCUGCCAGGUGAAGCUGUUGAGAAGUCCGAUGGAGAACUGCAAGGAGAAGUUCCACUUCAUCGACCGGGCCAGGGUGCUGCUGACGGACAACAUGGGCGUGGUUCAGCCGACUCGCUACGCCAACCCGAUCGGUUACAUGACGUCCACCACUGACCCUCGCUGCGAGAAGCUCAUGGAGGAGAUGGGCAUCACCCUCGAGGAGGCUCAGACCAAAAUCCCCGACAAGAUCUGAUCUGACCGCGAUUCUGUAUUGUGGUUUGUUGUUUGUUUUCUUUUACUACCAACCAGAACCAGCUUAUAGGCUGCAUGCUGCUCUUUGUCCUUCAAAAUGUUUGAUCAAGUAUACCUUAAUUAAGUCCACCUAGCUACAUGGGGCAUUACAUAAAUUAAUGGUGAUGUAUGCAUAUGUUUCCGAUGGUGGCAAUAAAUAUAUUUUUUUUCCUUUUCUUCUUCUUCCCAUUAAUGAUUGUUAUGGUACGUACAAUUGGUGUCGUCGUGUUCAUUCGUUUAUUCAAUUAUUAUUAACGUUAAAAUAGAGCACGUUAAUAAUUUUACUGGCUGGAUAUGUACGACUUAUAAUAAAUGAGUUCUUGCGAGGAAUCUAUCCAAUUAUAAAUUCUUCAUGAGUUU